AAAGGAAACUUCUGGGAAACCGAAAGUACUGCAGAAGGGGUGGGCAGGCCAACCACCCUCCAGCCACCCCACCGCUGGGCUCCCGUGAGCAGCAUGAACCAGUCUUCCCACUCCAUCCUGAUGUACCCCAGUGCCGGGCGCCCCACACACUAUGAGAAGCUCCAGGAGGAGCAUGAGGUGGCCGUGCUGGGGGUCCCGCACGGCCCGGCUCCUGUGACAACCACCGUGAUCAACAUGCCCAGCGAGAUCUCGGUGCCCGACCAUGUGGUCUGGUCCCUGUUCAACACGCUCUUCAUGAACUUCUGCUGCCUGGGCUUCAUAGCCUUCGCCUACUCCAUAAAGUCUAGGGACAGGAAGAUGGUGGGUGACAUCACUGGGGCCCAGGCCUUCGCCUCCACUGCCAAGUGCCUGAACAUCUGGGCCCUGAUCUUCAACAUCCUUCUGACCAUCGGCUCCAUCGUUGUUUUCAUCAUUUUCUUGUUGUCGGUCUUCUAGGCCAUUUCACAGAUGAAGAAUCUUGAGGGCUUCUAGUCUGGCCAUGUCCCUGACCCUCCCGAGCUGGCCCUGCACCUGGCCUGAGGCCUGCCCCCUGCACCCACACCACCUGAAGCAUUUAUACUCACACAUCUGUCCACAGUGGGAGUCAAUAAAGUGCAUUUCCAUUCUCUUCAAA